ACAGUCCUCUUAAGGGGGCGUGGCCUGGUUAGUUAUUUCCCUUCUAAGUUACAGGGAACGUUGUCUCUGUGUGUAUGGCAGGCGGGGGGAGAUUGCACCUAGCACCAGAUUGAGCCGUCCGGUGAAGGUUAGAGCGUCUGGCACAGAUCAUCAUUCACCUGCUGACUGGAGAGAUUUAUCAUAGGACAUGAUGAUGGAGAGUCAGAAGACCCCCACGUUACUGGAUUUCUCUGAUGAUACACAUAUACCUGGAUUAUAUCCUACACCUAUGUCCUCACUGGAUUAUAUAACUGACAAUCACAGUAUUGUUGUGAAUAUCCAGCCUGCCAAGUAUUCAUCAAGCGAAGUACAAAACUCAAUCAACUGUCUUGAAGAUAUUAAUGGUAAACCAGCUUUAUGUGAAGAAGAAAAUCUGACCACCAACUAUAAACCUAUAGAUCACACACAGUAUACAGCUACUCAUAUUAAGGAGGAACCAGUCUCCUGUGACGGAGAUCUCACACACACUGACAUGUAUACACCAACAGGUCAUACACAGUAUACAUCUACUCAUAUUAAGGAGGAAUCAUCCUCAUAUGAUGGAGGAGGCCUCACCCAAACUGACAUGUCUAUACCCACAGGUCAUACACAGUAUACAUCUACUCAUAUUAAGGAGGAACCAGUCUCAUGUGUCGGAGGAGACCUCACACACACUGAUAAUUAUACUCCCACAUAUCAUACACAGAAUACAUCUAUUAAGGAGGCACCAGUCUCAUGUGUCGGAGGAGACCUCACAAACACUGAUAAUUGUACUCCCACAUAUCAUACACAGAAUACAGCUACUCACAUUAAGGAGGAAUCAGUGUCAUGUAAUGGAAGAGACCUCACACACACUGGUAAUUAUACUCCCACAUAUACACAGUAUACAUCUACUAAUAUUAAGGAGGAACCAGUCUCAGGUGAUGGAGAAGACCUCACAGAUACUGAUAAUUAUGCUCCCACAUAUCCUACAAAGUAUACAUCUACUCAUAUUAAGGAGGAAUCAGUGUCAUGUGAUGGAGGAGACAUCACACACACUGACAUGUAUGCACCCACAGGUCAUACACAGUAUACACCUACUCGUAUUAAGGUGGAACCAGCCUCAUGUGAUGGAGAAGACCACACCCAUACUGACGUGUAUACACCCACAGGUCAUACACCGUAUACACCUACUCAUAUUAAAGAGGAACCAGUCUCAUGUGAUGGAGGAGACCUCACACACACUGAUAAUUAUACUCCCACAGAUCAUACACAGUAUACUUGCAGUAUGGCGCACAAUACAAAUGACCAGAGACAUCAGUUAUUAGAGAAACUGUACUUUUGCUGUGAAUGUGGGAAAGGAUUUACGAGUAAUGCAGGUCUUGUUAUACAUCGCAAUACUCACACAGGGAAGAAGCCAUAUUCCUGCUCUGAGUGUGGGAGAGGUUUUAACAGUAACUCUAAUCUUGUUAAACAUCAGAGAACUCACACAGGAGAGAAACGAUUUUCUUGUCCUGAAUGCGGGAAAUGUUUUAGCAGUAGCUCAAAUCUUGUUGUACACCGGAGGAUUCACACGGGAGAGAAGCCCUAUUCCUGCUCUGAGUGCGGGAAAUCUUUCACCACAAACUUAAAUCUGAUCAGACAUCAGAGAAGUCACACGGGAGAGAAGCCCUAUUCCUGUUCUGAGUGUGGGAAAUCUUUCACCACGAACUUAGAUCUGAUCAGACAUCAAAGAAGUCACACGGGAGAGAAGCCCUAUUCCUGUUCUGAGUGCGGGAAAUCUUUCACCACUAACUUAGAUCUGAUCAGACAUCAGAGAAGUCACACUGGCGAGAAGCCCUAUGUGUGUUCCGAGUGUGGGAAGUGCUUUAACACAAAAAAGAGCCUGGUUGGGCAUCAGAGAACUCACACUGGGGAGAAGCCCUAUGUGUGCUCCGAGUGUGGGAAGUGCUUUUACAGAAAAAAAAGCCUGGUUGGGCAUCAGAGAAGUCACACAGGAGAGAAGCCCUAUGUGUGCUCCGAGUGUGGGAAGUGCUUCAACUCAAAAAAGAGCCUGGUUGGGCAUCAGAGAAGUCACACAGGAGAGAAGCCCUAUUCCUGCUCUGAGUGCAGGAAAUCUUUCACCACUAACUUAGAUCUGAUCAGACAUCAGAGAAGUCACACAGGAGAGAAGCCCUAUGUGUGUUCCGAGUGUGGGAAGUGCUUUAACACAAAAAAGAGCCUGGUUGGACAUCAGAGAACUCACACUGGGGAGAAGCCCUAUGUGUGCUCCGAGUGUGGGAAGUGCUUUAACAGAAAAGCGCACCUGGUUGUGCAUCAGAGAACUCACACGGGAGAGAAACCAUUUCCCUGCUGUGAGUGUGGGAAACGUUUUGUCAGUACCUCAGAUCUUAUUAGGCACCAGAGAAUACACACGGAAGAGAGACCCUUUCCUUGUUCUGAAUGCGGCAAAUGCUUCAAGAGUAAUGCAGAUCUUGUUAUACAUCACAAUACUCACACAGGGGAGAAGCCAUAUUCCUGCUCUGAGUGUGGGAGAGGUUUUAACAGUAACUCUAAUCUUGUUAAACAUCAGAGAACUCACACAGGAGAGAAAAGAUUUUCUUGUCCUGAAUGUGGGAAAUGUUUUAGCAGUAGCUCAAAUCUUGUUGUACAUCGGAGGAUUCACACGGGAGAGAAGCCCUAUACCUGCUCUGAGUGCGGGAAAUCUUUCACCACAAACUUAGAUCUGAUAAGACAUCACAGAAGUCACACAGGAGAGAAGCCCUAUGUGUGUUCCGAGUGUGGAAAGUGCUUCAACACAAAAAAGAGCCUGGUUGGGCAUCAGAGGACUCACACUGGGGAGAAGCCCUAUAUGUGCUCCGAGUGUGGGAAGUGCUUUAACAGAAAAGCACACUUGGUUGGGCAUCACAGAACUCAUACGGGGGAGAAGCCCUAUAUGUGCUCCGAGUGUGGGAAGUGCUUUAACAGAAAAGCUCACCUGGUUGUGCAUCAGAGAACUCACACGGGAGAGAAACCAUUUCCCUGCUCUGAGUGUGAGAAACGUUUUGUCAGUACCUCUGAUCUUGUCAAGCACCAGAGAAUGCACACGGAAGAAAGACCCUUUCCUUGUUCUGAAUGCGGCAAAUGUUUUAAGAGUUGUUCAAAUCUGGUCAGUCAUCUGAAAGUUCACAGUUGAGGAACCAUUUUUUGGAUGUUGAAUGUGGGAAAUAUUGGGCCUGAUCUCUGCACUUAGAGGCAGUGAUACUAACCAUUUGCCCAUCUUUGCUGUCUAUAAAGCACAAAUGGAUUAUGACUAUAAUUUUGUAGGAUGCAAUUAGAGAAAUGAUAGCUGGAAUCACCACCACCACCACUUUCCGUUUGUAGAAGGUUUAGUAAAUCUGUACCCCUUUGAGUUGAUUGCUGUGAAAGAAAUAUGUGAAGUCAAUAGUUAGGUUUCGUGUCACUCUUUUAGCAAUCAGGAGCUGCAGUGACUGAUGCCUAAUUAGUGUACUUUGGAUACAGUUUUUGGACACAAAUCAGAUUUUACAUCAUCUACUCUGUAACAUUGGACAAUUUCUCAUUUCAGCCAGUCUGCUGGAUGUCAGAAUUUUCUAAGUAUGAUUCUUGUGUAUUUUUAUAGUGCUCUGUUAGGGCUGAAAUAAAUGUCCCAGUAAAGCUGUUUUAUUUAUAUUA